AUGAACGGCUACGGCUCUCCCUACCUGUACAUGGGCGGCCCCGUGUCGCAGCCGCCGCGGGCGCCCUUGCAGCGCACGCCCAAGUGCGCGCGCUGCCGCAACCACGGCGUGCUGUCCUGGCUCAAGGGCCACAAACGCUACUGCCGCUUCAAAGACUGCACCUGUGAGAAGUGCAUCCUUAUCAUCGAGCGGCAGCGGGUCAUGGCGGCGCAGGUGGCGCUGCGCAGGCAGCAGGCCAACGAGAGCCUCGAGAGCCUCAUCCCCGACUCGCUGCGCUCCCUGCCAGGACCCCCGCCGCCGGGAGACGCCACCUCUGCCCCGCCGCCCUCGCAGCCGUCUCAGCCGCCGCUGCCGCGCCCCGCUGUGGAGUUGGCUGCUGCCGCCGCGCUGCGCUGGGCCGCGGAGCCCCAGCCUGGGGCGCUGCAGGCGCAGCUCGCCAAGCCAGAUUUGACUGAAGAACGACUCGGGGACAGCAGCACAGCGGACACCACUGAGACCUUCAGUGACAAAGACACGGACCAGAGGAGCUCCCCGGACGUGGCCAAAAGUAAGGGCUGCUUCACGCCAGAGAGCCCCGAGAUAGUGUCGGUGGAUGAAGGGGGGUAUGCGGUCCAGAAGAACGGAGGCAGCUCUGAGAGCCGACCCGACAGCCCCAAGUACCCCGGGGAGCAGAAUCACCUCCUGAUCGAGGGCCCCUCGGGGACCGUGUCUCUGCCCUUCAGCUUGAAAGCCAACAGACCGCCCCUGGAAGUGUUAAAAAAAAUAUUCCCCAAUCAGAAGCCCACGGUGCUGGAGCUGAUCCUGAAGGGCUGCGGGGGCGACCUGGUGAGCGCCGUGGAGGUCCUGCUCUCCAGCCGCACCUCCAGCUUGGCCGCGGACCGAACUGCGGCAGAGCCCGAGGGCCUGGUGCUGCCCUCCAGCGGGCACAUCUUUGAACACACCUUGAGCUCCUACCCCAUCUCCUCUUCCAAAUGGUCCGUGGGCUCGGCCUUCAGAGUCCCAGACACGUUGAGGUUUUCCGCCGACUCCAGUAACGUGGUCCCCAGCCCCCUGGCCGUGCCCCUGCAGCACCCGUUCCCCCAGCCCCCCCGGUACCCUCUGAUGCUGAGGAAUACUUUGGCGAGAAACCAGUCGAGCCCCUUUCUUCCCAACGAUGUCACCCUGUGGAACACCAUGACGUUGCAGCAACAGUACCAGCUGAGGUCCCAGUACGUCAGCCCUUUCCCCACUAACUCUACCAGCGUCUUCAGAAGCUCACCUGUCCUCCCCGCCCGCGUCCCCGAAGACCCUCGGAUACCCAUCCCUGACGAUGGGUGUCCCAUCGUGUCAAAGCAGUCCAUUUACGCCGAGGACGACUAUGACGAGAGGUCUGACUCCUCAGACUCUAGAAUACUCAACACUUCAUCUUAAAGUGCUACCCGAUGGGUGGUGACCAGGUGACGUUGUCUGUGCGUUUGAACCCUGGCCCCCCCUUGAGGAGAGGCCACAUCCUGUGUAUACCUUUUCCUUCUGUUUCACAAAGUGACUGUGCUUGAUUCUAUACCUUAGCAAUAAAAACAUAACUUAUUUAAUUUCUUGCACUUCACUGGAAAAUGCCAAAUAGCUCUGCUCUGUGGCUUUAGUGCUGAAUGUUCGUUGUAAAAGAGAAUAGUCUUGGGAAAGCCUUGGGCCCAUGGAAGAUUUAUUUGGGGAUGUAGAGCUGAAGGUCAGCCUUGCCCCUAAACUCAGCCUGGAAUGUUCAAUAAAAUAGUAUACUUGAAUGAAUUUUUUUUUUUUUUUUUUUUUUUUUUUUUGCGGUACACGGGCCUCUCCUGUUGCGGAGCACAGGCUGUGGACGCGCAGGCUCAGCGGCCAUGGCUCACGGGCCCAGCCGCUCCGCGGCACGUGGGAUCUUCCCGGACCGGGUCGCAAACCCGCGUCCCCUGCAUCGGCAGGCGGACUCUCAACCACUGCGCCACCAGGGAAACCCCUUGAAUGAAAUUUUGUAAAAGAGGAUUCCUUAGGAUAUGUGAAACCUAAAGGCAGUGGUUCGGUUGCAAACGGACUAUAAACAGGGACCUUAUACUCCUAUGCUAAAAAUCCUUGCAUUUUAAAGAGAGACUGCACUUAAUAGAGUGAACCGCUCACAUGCUUAUUUAAGCUUGGACAGUUUUCAGAGACAAACUCCAUUAAGAAUUAUUCUUUUCACAUGGCUGAAUCGAAACGUGUAAUGUCAAUGUCAGUGUAAAGCCAA